AUGGUGUUGUCUUUAGUGCCUCGACAAACACCUCUAGUGGUGAUUGAUGAGCCCACUCCGAUAGGUAACAACUGUCUCAUUGAAAAUGCGAUGUUUCACCCGAGUCGAGGUAGUAUCGUCUGUGUCAAAGUAGAUACAUUGGAAGAACUAGACAUCAAGACAGGAGCUUUGCUCUGCCAUAUCACGUUCGACUUAUUGGCUUCUAGUAACGUGGAAAGUUUACUUCCUGCAGGGUCUCACUUUGUUGUGGGAGUCUUACAAUCGCGUCUUUUCGUGAUAUGGGACCUCAAUGAAUCAGUGCUGUUAGCCACUGUAGAUACUGAUAAAGUCCACAGUGUUCGUCGCGUUACGGCUCUUGCCACGUCACUCUGCGCUGAUCGGUGGUUGUUCUUUAAUGCUGAUGGCAGCAAUAACGUCCGCGUAACGCGCGUUGAUUCUCCUCAUCCAGCUCGUGAAAUUUUACGCAAGAGCGCUCUUCGUGGAGGCUCCGUCCUUUCAUUGGCGUACUCAACAGAGCACCAUUUGCUUAGUUCAGGAUGCAGCGAUGGUACCAUCCAAGUGUGGAGAAUAUCAUCUGGCGAAGUGGAUGCAGGAAGUUCCAGAAAGAAUCAAGAAUUGACCAGUUUCGCGACUCCUCUAUUCGCCGUCCAGUUGACACAAUCUCCUGUGGUAGAAAUUUGCAUUGGUAGGUGCACUGGGUGUGGUAUAAACGGGAGUAGCAGCAACAUGUUCCUCGCUGUUGGUUAUCAAAACCGUCGGGUCGACAUGAUCACAAUGAAUGACCAAGCUCACACUUGUGUCGCCUCGGUUACAUUGGCUCCACCUCAAACACUAGACUUUUCCAGACUGACUGGAGUUUUAACCUUUGCAAUUCAUCCUCAACUUCCUGUACUAUUAGCACACUGGCGAUUUCAUGGAAUUGAGCUUGGCGUUGAUUGUAUCGUUGCCUGGGAGUUUGUCAAGGCAGAAGAUACAUCAAUUACGAGUCCCAGAGGCGGAGCAGGUGGCAACAGCAGCGGUGGAGGAACCCUGUCGGAUUGGUGGAAUAUUCCCGAUUCGCCAACACUUCUUCAGCAGAACGUUUCAUACGACAAACAAUUAAGAUCUCAAGUUUUUGCCACGGAUGUUAUGCUGUGGCAGAAUUCAUUUGCAAUAUAUGCAAGCACUUUAACUUGUCGAUCUAUUUUACUUGUCGACAUUCAAGGAUCAGCGAAAAGCAAACAAAAUGACAUCAAGGCUGUUCCUUUACUCAGCACGACGACACAGUUGACACUUGCGCAAUAUCAUGACUAUCCAACUGAUAUUUCAUCAUCUCACUUACAAAUGACUGUAACGAGAAGUACAAAGGGUACUCCAGUACUGAAAGUACAGCAAUUUUCUCAACUGUUAGGUCGAUUGAUAGCCUCAAGUGACCAACUUCCAGACUGGAAAAGUGAAGGAGGCUUCCCACUUGUACCAUUUCAAAUGCUUGAAAAUCACCACCGAUCCGCUGUGUGUAUAAAACUGCGCGAAAAAGGCGAAUAUACAGCAACAAGCUGUGUACGGCCGUCAUUAUUUUCUUUUGCUGUUCUUGACCUCGAGGUGACCAGAAGCGCGACUGCAUCAUCCGACCGAGUAAUUCAUACAGAAGAUGAGCAAGAAGAAGUCAGUUUGAGUUCGUUGCCGGCGAUCGAGUUGAAAGACGGUACACUCCAGCACGAUGCUCGAGAUGUUUGUUUUGGCAUGAACCCAUCUAUCGACAACGAUAUAACACAUAAAGCUCAAAGUUAUCUUCUGCUUAUACUUUCUAAGAAAGGAGACGCUAUCACAUUACAAACAACACGUGGUCAGAGCUUUGAACGAGUCGAGUUAGAUCAGCUUGUUCAGCGCGUCUUUGCCACACCACUGUUGCUACCACCAAGCUCUCCGUACCAUAGUAAUGUUGUUUGCAAGCUGCUAUACCUCCUUGAGCCAAUCGAUAGUGCUCAACCAGAAAAAUUGGUACUCAGUCAAGACAAUUUGUCGGUGCCAGUUAAAAGCUCGACAUUAUGGACGUGUAAAUUAAACGAAUAUGUUGUCAACAUACAGUGGAAUUCCUCGUCUUGUCCACACAUUGGACCUUACGACUCACAGCAACGUCUCCUGCUAGCUGUAAUUACAACGCAACGGCUUGUAGUGCUUUCUUCUGAGCUCCGUCAACUUCGAAGUUAUGACUUUCAAAUUGAUCUUUUGGGGGAACCUGAGAGUUUGUUAUGGGUGUCACAAACACUGGUGUACAGUGCGGCAGGAGGUCAAGUACGUUAUGUUACACCCGUCGCAAACCACUCUCCAGAGAAGGCUAGUCGGCUUCUUUGUAGUCUUGCAAUAAACACUGACCCGCGCCAAGGUUUUUCUCGGGUUAGCAUUCAGCUAGUAUCGAUGUUUGGCGAUCGACUGUGCUAUGCAAUAACAGAUCCUACGACGCUGUCCACUCGACUGACGUUGCAUCCAGUGGCACUUUGUGAGCCGCUACUAUUGGGAUUUGCACAACCUAACAACACGCUUCGUCGAAUCUUUAAACGUGAAGUUCUUGCUUUCAUACUCAUGAAUGACGAAAGUGAUCGCCCGGUGUGCUCAAUCUCAGACAUCGUUAUCAGCACUGCAUAUCAUAUAUUUGGCUGGAAAAAUGAGGUGCUUAAUGUCUUAAAAGCGCUCAAAAAGUCUCACGAAAAGUCGUCUGUCACGACAGUGGCAGACGUAGGUAUUGCAUCUGUGUCUUCAUCCAACUAUAAUAGAACCUCUCACCUUUCGCGUGCAGCUCUAGGUUCAAUAUUUUUUGAUGCCCACAAAUGGGAAGACUUUGUGCGUAUAUAUCUUGAUCACGAUCCUGCACUUGAAGAAUAUGUCGUUACGAUCGGGUCAGAUGACGUAGCUAAACUGCCGUCAAAAGUGGGGGGGUUAGCUCAAAGGUUUCGACAGCUUGCUGCAGUAUUCGAAAGCAUUGGUCAACCUGACUGGGCAUUGCGGUGUCUUGAUCUCUCUGGAGACGAUGAGGCCCUGUUAAUAGCGGUUCGAAAAUUAACUACUGGAUCUACUUUGAGGUCUUUGGAAAUACUCGACAACCUGCGAAAGACUUGGACAAAGCUAAAUCCAGCUUUAUAUGGAAUUGCGAGUGCUGCUAUGGGGCAAAAUGAGCAGCACGACCCGUUUUCAUUGCUUUGCUGUGAGUCUCUAACACAAUCCACACGUCGAGGACGUCUGCUAAAUAGUAUAGCACCGCUUGAUUGCCUCAGACUUACCGUUGGAUCUACUAGUGAACAACAUGAUGACUUCAAUGAUCAUACUCACGCAGAAACAUUAGCUUGGAAGCAUUUAGCCCCAGAGGAUGCAAGUGAGUGGAUCGGCAUUUCGACCAAACAUCGCAUUGCGACCACCGAUCCGCGUGCUUUAAACUACUCGAUUUUCGACGGCGAAAAUUCAGGUUUUGGUGGACGAUUAUCUAAUGUUGAGGCGAUGUCUCCACCUGCACUUUGCACUCCAUCGUUAGCUGCUGCCUCCAUCGAUGCAGCAGCUGGUGCACGAUUAACGAUUGGUCCAUUUCAAGACGAGGAAGACGCCGUCGUGGCUUACUGGCGAUUCGAAGAAGGUGCCACAGCAGCAGAUAAGCUUGAAACAAAUGAAGGUGAGUUAGCUGAGGGAUUUGAGUGCUUGGAUACAUCAAAGCGUGAGAACUCUCUACGUCUCUUUGGUGUAAAACUCGUCGAGUCUUGUGCGCCUGUUGAUCGAGGUGAACCUGGCCGCAUUCCAGAAGAAUUUGCAUUGCGCUACCCAUCAUUGAAAAGAUCGACUUUCGAGAUACCCUUAAGCGGCUGGGGAGCUCAAUGCAUCAUCAGACCAGGUAGCACACUUGACAUUGCCACCACCUUUGAUGAAGACCCAUACCGACGUGAAUUCACAUUCGAAGUUUGGAUACGAAAUUACAGAAUGUAUGAGAAAAUUCAAAAAGCAGCUACAAACGAUGCUGACAUUUCAGACAUAGAUUCCAAUAGUAUUCGUCAAGCCGUGGUCUCUCGCAGACGAGCUGAGAGUCUUGAUGAUGGUGUAAAUGGUGGAGUUAUUUCUGGCUCCGCAAUCUGGGAACUGGUUAUCGACGAAGAGGACUAUCUGGUGCUCACGUUUGGAAAGCAGCAAGUCCGAUCGAGUCGAAAGAUAGAGCAUAACAGCAACCAAGGCUGGCAUCAUGUCGCUUUCACUAUUGAUGUAUCAUCAUCCCAGCGAGUUGGAGUCAAACUCUACCUUGACGCUUGUUGUGUCGGGGAAACUCAAACAACCCCCAGCAAUGAAACAAAAUCAAAACCAUCAAAAUUACUGCUUGGGUGGAAUAUGCAAGACUACGAGAUGACAGAAGUGCGACUUUGGGCCACUGUGAGGUCUGCAGACCAGUUAAGUGACAUGCGUGAAAAUUAUUUAGGGCUUGCCGAAGCCAAACGCCGCAUGAAAAUUGCCAUUCACCAACGCAAUUGCACGUGCGAAAAGUGCGUGACAAGACGUGCUCAAAACACUGCAAAUGCUGGAGCUGGCGUAGUACCACGUUUAGGACUGUCGUUGAGCACUCCACUCGCCCCACCAUCUCGUCAACGACGUAUUGUACCACAAGCCAAAUUAACAUCGUAA